UGUCAAUUACCAGUUAGAAUCGAGAGCAGGACGAUUUCUGAAUCUGUUCCUCCUUAUUCACCAAACUCUGUUCAGUUUUUCUGUUUUGGUUUUACUAAACACAAAUAGGAUUAAAUUACGCAUUGCACCUUUAAGAAGCUGUCAGCAGGAUUAGAGUUACGCACAGCGAGCCAAGUGUCCCUCCGAAGGGGUUUUACGCACCGUCGGCAUCCAGAAGAGGCACAACUUAAGCCGCACUCCUUCUUCGCUGGUCCUGACACCAAAGGGGAGUCCUCCACGCCACGCGCGACAUGGCCGAGAUAGGGAAAGGGGUCACCGCCGGGAAACUGGCCAUCAACGUCCAGAAGAGGCUUACCAGAGCGCAGGAGAAGGUCUUGCAGAAGCUUGGCAAAGCAGAUGAGACCCGAGAUGUUGUCUUUGAGGAGAUGGUGGCCAACUUCAACAAGCAGAUGGGAGAAGGCACCAAACUGCAGAAGGACCUGAAAGCGUACCUGGCAGCAGUGAAAACCAUGCAUGACGCGUCGCGGCGGUUGCAGGACUGUCUGGCGGACAUGUACGAACCGGACUGGUUUGGCAAAGAGGAGAUGGACGCGUUGGCUGAGGAGUUGAUAGAGAAGGAGAUGGACAUUAACCUGGAGGAUACAGACACAAUGUGGUUGGAUUACCACCAGAGCAUCACGGACAAAUCUCUGCAGGACAUGGACAUGUACCUCUCUCAGUUUCCUGACAUCAAGGCUCGUAUAGCAAAGCGCGACAGGAAGUUGGUGGACUUUGACAGCGCCCGCCACCACUUCACCUCCUUGCAGAAAGGCAAAAAGAAGGAUGAGGCCAAGAUCGCCAAGCCAGCAGCCCUGUUGGAGAUGGCGGCUCCCAGCUGGGCUCAGGGUUUGAUAUCAGCUCACCAGGUGGCUCAGACUAACCUCUCCUACAACCAGGCGGAGGAGGAUUUGGGCCGAGCUCAGAAAAUUUUUGAGGAGCUGAAUGUGGAGUUACAGGACGAGCUUCCGGCACUCUGGGACAGGCGUGUUGGCGUCUAUGUUAACACAUUCCAGAGCCUGGCAGGUCAUCAGGAGAAGUUCCACAAAGAAAUGAGCAAACUCAGUGAAAACCUGAAUGACAUCAUGACCAAACUGGAGGAGCAGAGGCAAAUCAAAAAAGGUGCUACUGCAGCGUCAAAGACAGAAGAAUGUGCAAAGAGUGAGGGAGCCAACCACAAUGAGUCGGCCAGCUCAGCACCAAAGAGGUCUGCUCCGCCUCCUGGCCCACCUCCCAGUCGGCCUCCACCAAGAAUGACGCCAUCUCCGAACCAGCAACAGCAAAAUGUCAGCCCAUUUGAGGAUGAGCCCUCAAUGCACGACACUAACACAGACUCCACGACCACGACGCUGCAGGAGGCAUCAUGGGACUCAUGGCAAGAACAGACUGCCACAGAGGUUGAACAGCAGUAUGACGAUGACCAGUACCAAGAAGAAGCCCAAGGUGGAUGGGAUUACAGCCAAAGCAACACCCAAAGUUAUAGUCAGCCUGGCUGGGAUGAGGCAGAGACCGCGGUGGGUGAGGAGGGCUGGAUUGACGACACAGACUAUGAGGCUCAGCCAUACACCGAGCCCAACUGGGACAACGACGGUGCCAAUGUGGAACAGGGGGGCUGGGGUGAUGAUCAAUACACACAGAGUGCGGUGACCAAUGGUUCAGAUGGCGAACUCCCUCCAGGGUUCCUCUACAAGGUGAAAGCGGUACACGACUAUGCUGCUACUGAUGGUGAUGAGCUGGAACUGAAGAUGGGAGACGUUGUGUUGGUUUUGGCCUUUGACAACCCAGAUGAACAGGAUGAUGGCUGGCUCAUGGGCUUGAAGGAGUCUCACUGGUUUCAGAAGAAAGAUAUUUCAGCCAAAGGCGUUUUCCCCGAAAACUUCACCCAGAGGGUUUGAGGUUUACGCCACAUGCAAAGUCUGCUAUUCAUACAAUUUCCUCAGAUAUCUUAUCUGAGACAGAAGAAGUCAUGUCGUCUUUACGUAUCUACCUACACACCAAAAUGUAUUAGCAAAACAUGAUUGGGUGCAAAAGUGUGUAUUUAAAAAAUGAAUAUAUGUUAAAAGAUGAUGAAGAAUUAGGCUUUAUCCUUUAUUGUGACAGUUUGGUAAACGAUGUGCUAACGUCUCAAUCGAAAUGUUGUCCUGAAAUUUCUUUUUGUUUUGAUUUUUAACUUAUUGAUUUCUUCUACUUUCGGUGAAUCCAAACAAAACACAAAGUGGUGUGUUACUCAUAUUUAAGUAAGUUAACAUAAGUCAUGGAUGUACUGUACGGAUGUCAAAAUGUUUUCUUGUUUUUGGAAAAGUAUGUUUUUAAAACAUACUCCCUUGCAUGAAGUGUUUCUUUGUAUUUUCAUUUUGUUUGUAAUACAGCAAACACUGUGACACCAGGCAGGGACCCUCCUCUGUGAAAACAAGGCUGUGAUUAUUCUAAAGUUACAGGAGUCCUCAAAGAGCCCUGGAGAACACCACAAGGUUUAUUUGCAGGGUUUCUGUCUUGCCAUGUCAAAAUCUGUUUCAGUUUCUUGAGCUUGUAGGAUUUUCAAAGGGAACAGUAGCUUUUAAUUUAUAUUACUGGCCAUUUUGAGGACACGAGAUGACGUGAAGCUUACAUUUUCUAAUUCCCACAUGGUUUUGUUUUGGGGUUUUUUUUCUCUCUUCAAUGAUGAAUGAAAUGGUGAACCUUGCUAUCAAACUCGGCUGUUUUUGUUUUUUUCCCUUAAUGACACAUUUUUUUUUUUCAUAUAAAUUUGAUUCUGAAUGUCUGUGCUAUCCGGACUUCACUUUUUUGCUGCUUAAGCACGUUUUCUUUCAUCUUUUUUGAAGUAUAAAUUUGUGUCCAUGGAGUUCACAGAAAACUGAAAGUGAAAGGUUUAAAGUUUGAAAACUCUGAGCCUUUCAGAAAUCUGUGCAAAAGAUAUUUUUACACUGUGGAAUAAAUAAGGAACAUUUAAUAAUGCAGCAUUUGAAGGACGGAAUCAGCGUCAUUAAAGGCCAAUUAAACAAUGUGUGUCCUGUUGUGUGUUGCUUAUUAGCCCUUUAUUUAAAACCGCUCUGAUGCCGCUCACUGGUUUGGAGCUUUGUGUGUUGUUGUGGAAAUUUUAAAUAAACCGCAAAACCCCCAGUGUCAU